AUGGCAGAUGCAUUUACUGAUGUUGCAAAACGCCUCUUCACGUUUCAUGUGUACCCCACCCAGGCCAUAGUAAAGGAAACCUUUAAGGCUUACAUAGAAGAAAUGUUUCCAGAUUUUAUGUCUAACAUAGGUCAAAUAACUUUACAAACUCUCCUGCAAAAGAUUAAGAAUAAUCGCGGUGCUGCCUUGCAAAGUGUUAGGUCUGCAGUUUGGUGUAUUUUUAGGCAUAAAAAGCUGCCUCUCUUAAAAAGUAAUGUGGCUGCAGCCGCCAUUGUGAGUACACUCUGGGUGUAUACGAUUGCAAGAACAGCCUUUUCAGCGAUGGCGGUCCCAACUUUGACAAACACACAUUGUGUGUUCAAGCUUGCGCAAGAAUUUAAGGGUAAUGGUCUCUUACAUGAUACUGCUAAUGCCAUAUUAACUGAUGCAUCACCUCAAUAUGACCCUGAUCUUGAUGAAACCCUUCCUCAAAGAUCUUCAUCAAUGCAUCUUUCCCAAGAAGAGAUGGAUGAUUUAUCUUCAUCAAUGCAUCUUUCCCAAGAAGAGAUGGAUGAUUUGUUUGAUUUCACUUUGUAG